AUGGGCCGCGCAACCACCUUCUUGUCGGCUGUGUUCCUAGCCCUGGGAGGCUUCCUCUUUGGCUAUGACUCGGGCAUCAUCACGUCCACCAUUGCGCUCCCUACCUUUGUCGACUCAUUCGGCAAACCGUCCGACACAACCAUCGGGGGCAUCGUGUCGGCCUUCCAGGGCGGUGCCAUUCUCGGCACCAUCAUCAACAUGUUCGCCGCCGACCGGCUCGGCCGCCGACGGACCAUCUUUGCCGGCUCCGCCGUAUCGUGUCUCGGAGCGUCCCUCCAGGCGGGCGCUGUCAGCAUUCCCAUGGUCAUCGUCGGCCGCUUCAUUGGCGGGGUGGCGGUCGGCAUGCUGACCUCGACCAUCCCCAUGUACGCCGGCGAGCUGUCCGAAGCCAAGUUCAGGGGUAUCCUCUCGGGCCUGCUCCAGUGGAUGUUGAGCUGGGGCUUUCUGGUGGCCCAGUGGUUGGGUUACGGCUGCUCGUUUGUGGCGGGCUCUUUCUCAUGGCGCUUCCCCCUUGCUUUUCAGAACGUACCUAGUCUCAUCCUGCUCGUCGGCAUUUUCUUUCUGCACGAGUCGCCUCGCUGGCUGAUGGAAAAGGACCGGCACGAGGAGGCCCGGGCUGUCUUGGACAGACUCCGUUCGGGCCAGGAUAGGGACCUCGUUGAGCUAGAGCUCCAGGAAAUCCGCGAGGCCAUCCUGGCCGACCGCGCAAUGGGCGACAUCAGCUGGAAGUCGAUCGUCACGCGACCGACCUGGCGGAAGCGCCUGCUCCUCGGCUGCGGCGUGCAAGCAUUCGGUCCGCUCUCGGGCAUCAACGUCAUUAACUACUACGGGCCCCGGAUAUACGGCAUCCUCGGCAUCUCGGCGCAGACGUCGCUCAUGAUCAUCGGCAUUAACGGCGCCCUCUCCAUCAUCUACUGCACCAUCGGCCUGUGGCUGCUGGAGAAGGUCGGCCGGGUCAAGCCGCUGAUCGUGUCGGCCGCCGGCCUCGCCGCGGCGCUGCUCGUCAACGCCGUCCAGGGGCAGUACUUUGACGCCGGCAACGGCAACCAGAUGCGCAGCAUGGUGGCCAUGAACUUCAUCUUCUCGCUGUUUUACACCCCGCUCGGCAUCAUCUCGUGGGUGUACCCGGCCGAGAUUUUCCCCGUCGAAGUCCGCGCGCUCGGCAACGCCAUUACUACCUUUACCAACUGGGCCGUCAACCUGAUCUUUGCCCAGUUUACCCCCGACGCGCUGACGGCCAUCGAGUUCAAGUACUUUUAUGUGUUUUUUGUCUUCAACCUGUUCGCCAUGCUGUGCUACAUCUUCUUUUACCCGGAGACCAUGGGCCGCACGCUGGAGCAGAUGGAUGAGCUGUUUGGAGACCAUCCUGUUGCGGUGAAGGAUAUGGUGAUUGCGGAGAGAGAAAAGGAGAUUGUCAUUACUCAGGAGGCCGCGUAG